GGGGCCGCGGCGGCUGGCUCGCGCUCCGGCUGCCCCUCCUGGUGCGCGCCGCGGCGGCGCCACAGGCCCCUCGACCCUUUGACCACCGCCCUCCGGCCGCCCGGCCCCCAGCGGGGACCGGCGAUGGCGCGGGACUGACGGCCUCCUCCCUCCGGACCCUUCUGUCCCUCCAGGGGCUCCCGGGGGCCGCGGCGCCGCCCCGACCUGCAUGUGGGGCGGGCGCGCCGGCGGCCAGAGCGAGCGGCCCUCGGCGCCCCCGAGGCGGUGCCCGGCCGCGCGGGAGAACCAGGAGGACGAGGAGGAGGAGGAGGAGCAGCGGGCCGGGCCGGGCUUCCCGAGCGCCGCCGCCCGGGAGCACGGGCUCCCCUGAGGGAGCUCGGGGCGUCCCAGCCCCGGAGGAGGGACCCGGAAGCAGAAGCGGAGCCGCGAGUCGAGCCGAGCCGCUGCCCCCGCUGCCCGCCGGCGCCGGGUGGGGGUCCCGGCGGCUGGAUGGGCGGCGGCGGCUUCGGCCGCGGGCGGCUAUGGGCGAGGAGCAGAGCACGGUGAGCGGCAGCGGCGGGCCUCUGGAGGCGCGGACCCCCCCUGGCGGCGCCACGGGCCACCCCGAGCCCCCGAGGCCGCCGGGGGACAGCACCGGGGCGCCCGGGCCGCGCGCCUCCUCCGCCGAGCCGAGCGGCGACAGCUGCGGAAGCGACUCGGGCUGCGCGGACACGAGCGUCCCGGAGCCCGCGAGAAGCCGGGGGGCCCCGAGCUGGAAGAAGAACCAGGCACCGGCGCAGCCCGCAGGACUGGCCUACACCGGGCCCCUCAACCCCCAGGCUUUGCAACAGCAGCUGGCAAAGGAGGAGGAGGAAGCGAGGGACCGAAGCGAGAGAGGGGAUGAACAGCAGGAGGCGCCCCCCGGCGAGCAGCCGGAGCCCCGGACCCGCGUCGGGGCCCCAGACGGACUGGUCCUGGACGUGCUGGGCCAGCGGCGCCCGCCCCCCGCCAAGAGACAAGUCUUCUGCUCCGUGUUCUGCGUGGAGAACGACCUGCCCGAGGUCCCCUCGGCGGAGCGGCUCUCGCUGCCCGCGUCGCCACCCCGGGCUCCGCCGGUGACCAACCCUCCCAGCACCCCCUCCUCCUUCCCCAGCCCCCGGCUGUCGCUCCCAGCGGACACCCUGUCCCCCGACGGCGGCAGCAUCGAGCUGGAGUUCUACCUGGCGCCCGAGCCGUUCUCCGUGCCCAGCCUGCUGGGAGCUCCACCCUACUCUGGCCUGGGUGGGGUCGGGGAUCCCUAUGCGCCCCUCAUGGUGCUGAUGUGCCGGGUGUGCCUGGAAGACAAGCCCAUCAAGCCCUUGCCCUGCUGCAAGAAGGCCGUGUGCGAGGAGUGCCUCAAAGUCUACCUGAGCUCCCAGGUACAACUUGGCCAAGUGGAAAUCAAAUGCCCUAUCACAGAAUGUUUUGAAUUCUUGGAAGAGACAACGGUUAUCUAUAACUUAACGCAUGAAGACUCCAUCAAAUACAAGUACUUCUUGGAACUUGGCCGUAUUGAUUCCAGCACCAAGCCAUGUCCUCAGUGCAAGCACUUUACAACCUUCAAGAAAAAAGGACAUAUUCCCACCCCUUCCAGAUCAGAAAGCAAAUACAAAAUCCAGUGCCCCACUUGCCAAUUCGUCUGGUGUUUUAAGUGCCACUCUCCUUGGCAUGAAGGUGUUAACUGCAAGGAGUACAAAAAAGGAGACAAAUUAUUGCGUCACUGGGCCAGCGAAAUUGAGCAUGGGCAGAGGAACGCCCAGAAGUGUCCGAAGUGCAAGAUCCACAUCCAGAGAACGGAAGGGUGUGACCAUAUGACCUGUUCACAAUGUAACACUAAUUUUUGUUAUCGAUGUGGGGAGAGAUACCGCCAGCUCCGUUUCUUUGGAGACCACACAUCAAACCUCAGUAUAUUUGGAUGCAAAUACCGCUACCUCCCAGAGAGACCUCAUCUAAGGAGACUAGUGCGAGGGUCAGUCUGUGCUGGAAAAUUAUUCAUUGCACCUCUAAUUCUGGUCUUGGGAUUAGCACUAGGGGCCAUAGCAGUUGUAAUCGGUUUAUUUGUAUUUCCUAUCUAUUGCCUUUGUAAAAAACAGAGAAAACGAUCACGGACAGGAAUGCACUGGUAAAUGCAGAUGAUUUCAUCUGACUACGCUGGUCCGGGUAGGAGCUACACAGAAUUAUACACCUGUCUGAGGGUCACUUCUUGAAAACUGCCAAGAGGACCCUUUUGCCAUCUCUUCUCCUGUGUUCUGUGCAGGCCACAAUGCCUCUAGCUCCGGUGCAUUCCCGACAUGGUAUCCUGUCCUUUCCUUAUACAGAUUGCUGCUUUUACAAAAUGGUCACUUUCAUAGACUAUAAACAUCUAUAUCAUAACUCUGAUCUUCUUAAUGGUUCUUGGAAGAAAGUAUUUUAAUUAGAACCAGUUAUCCUCAGAACUGUCUGAGCAUGCAUCUCCUGAGCAUUGCUUGGACUGUCUUUGUACCUGAAUCUCCCUCCAUGCCCUCUUCUGAGACUUGGUGUGAAUAACUGAAGGUCCCACCUGUACCAACAAGCAAGGCCACUUUUCAGAAGAUGAAGGCUCACCAUAUGCACCAAUUUUCAUCCGUGACCCAAGCAGUAUAAUUCCUUCAUCCUUCAGAUGCUAUAAUUGUUAAAAAUCUCAAUGCCCAAAAGGGAACUAAUGAAACUAAACGAAUGAGAAGAAUCAUAGUUACUGAAGUGUAUAUGUGUAGGGGUGUGAAUGUGUGUGUAUAUAUACAUAUCUAUAUUAAAACUAGGUCCAAUACCUUGUACUUGUCAAGUUCCAUGCCUACACUAUUUUUCCACAUUUUCAUAGACAUAUUUAAAAAUGAUUGUUCCUUUGUGGGCAUAAUUUGGUAAUGUACUGAAUUAAAGUCAACGUACACAACAGGC